GGUUGUGGGCAGAGUCCUCUUCUCCCCGCCUCCGACGGCCGCGCCUUUCCUGCGAAUCCCGCUACCUGGCCGAGGACGCUGGAGCGCGCAGACGGGGUACAAGCCCGGCCCCCGAGGGCGGGACAAGCGAGACAGGGUAGGGUAGGGCAGGGUCGCCUCUAGGUUGCCGGAUCUCCAGCCGGGCAGAUCAGAACCCAGAGAUCUGCGGCCGGGCGCUGGUGAGCAGCUGGAAGCGAAGGGCCACACCACGAAGCGAAGCCCCGCCAUGGGCAGGCAAGAGGCAUGGAGACCCCCCGGAUGGAGGCACUCCUGGCACACGGCGCUCCUAGCAGCCUCCAUCCUGAGUUCCUGCUUCCUGUUGACUCGAGCCCAGGAGACACCUGGAAUAAGUAUCAGAGUUUAUCCAGAAGUGCUGAAAGAAGGAGAUAGUGUCACUUUGACACCAGAAGGUUUAGAUCUGAAGGUGCUUAGUAGCUGCAAAUGGUACCGAGGGGCAAUUAUGGAAGAAAAAUACAUUAUUUUUACCUUUUUCCUAACUCCAGUUAUUGGUCAGAAAAAUGGAACUGCCCACACUGGCAGGGAGACUGGGAACCCAGAUUGCUCCCUUCGCAUCGCAGAUUUAAAGCUAAGUGACUCUGGAACCUAUUCAUUUACACCAGAAUCUUUGGUGGUUUCCAACACAGGGGCUACAAACAUCACCGUUUCAGGAUAUGUCACUAAUAUCACCAUCAGUGACUCUGGCAAGGCCAUCGAGAAUAGCACCACAGUUCUGAACUGCACCUCCGCAGGCACUAACGUUUCCUACUCUUGGUUAAGAGGGAACGAGAGCCUAGUGGUUGGAGAGCGCAUUUCUCUGAGCAACAACAACCAGGUCCUCACAUUCAGUCCAACGAGCCGGAAUGACUCGGACAGCUACAGCUGCUAUGGAUAUAACAGCUUCUCUAAUGACAGCACCUCAUACUUGCUGAAUGUUCUCUAUGGGCCUGAUGACCCUGUAAUUAGCCCCAGUGAGCACUAUUACGCAGAGGGCUCCAACCUCACUCUCUCCUGCACUGCUGACUCCAACCCAGCUGCACAAUACACCUGGAGUUUCAAUGAGACAUCAGACAUGCAGUCCACCUCCCAGCUUUCUAUCCACAAUCUGCAGUUCAACCAAAGUGGGAAUUACACCUGCAAGGCUUUCAACAAUGAAACCAAUGCUAACUCCUCCGCAAGCUGGAAGAUCUGGGUACUAGCGGAAGUUUCUGACGUUACCAUUACGGGUCUGUCGGAAACCAUUGAGAACAAGUCACUGAUUCUGACUUGCACCUCUGCUGGCAGCGAGGUCUCUUACUAUUGGUUCAGAGGGAAUCAGAGCCUGGAGGAUGGAGGGCAAAUAUCGCUGAGUCACGAUAACCAAACCCUCACAAUAAACCCGGUCAACCGGUCUGAUGCAGGUCCCUACACCUGCCUUGGAGUCAACAGAAUCAGCAAGAACACCAGUACCCCCUUCGAACUGACAGUGUUCUAUGGGCCUGAUGAUCCUGUAAUCAGCCCCCAAAACAAAAAUUACAGUACGGGAUCCAGCCUCAACCUCAGCUGCAGUGCCGACUCUCACCCGCCACCUCAAUACACUUGGAUUUUUAAAGAGGAAACAAUUGGGAACAUCUCUGAGCUGUUGAUCUCAAAUCUGUCUCUCAACGACACUGGGAAUUAUACCUGCAGUGCUUUCAAUGCUGAGACUAAUCUCAGCAAAAACACAAUCCUCCAUGUUGAGGUGUAUGAAAUCCUCUCCGACCCAAUCCUGUGGCCUGCAGAAGCCAUAGUGGCAGAGAACGCAACCGUCUCCUUACAGUGUAACACCUCCGACAGGCCCGAUGUCACCGUCACCUGGUCCAAGGACGGUAACCCUGUCCCAGAUAAGGCUGUGCUUUUCAACAGGAACCGAAACCUCAAUCUAACUGGCGUCUCCAAAGAUGAGGAAGGGAUGUAUACAUGUAUUGCUACCAACCCUAUCAACACUACUAAAAGCAACCCCAGUAAGAUUAGCUUGGCAUAUGGGCCAAAUAACGCUAAGCUGAACCAAACAGGAACCAUAACUCUAAAACUAGGCUCCCAUUUGGCUCUGCUGUGUACUGCAGAGUCCCUACCAGAAGCCCAGUUUCAGUGGUUUUUCAAUAAUACUGAUAUGAAUGUGACGGCGAACACCUUCAGCAAAGACUUAACAGCCUGGGAAAAUGAAGGCAAUUACACCUGCCAAGCUUUCAACAGUGUCGUUAAGAAGCUGGCCUCAGCAUCUGUCAAUGUGAAAUUGACAGAGCAUGAAUCUCCUUCACCACCUCCGGGUCCCGAUACAGGAGUAAUUGCUGGAAUUGUCAUAGGUUGUGUGCUUGGAGUAGCACUCAUUGGAGGUCUGGUAUAUUUCCUGUGCACCAAGACUGCCUUGGGGAGGACGGAGCAGCACUCAUCUAAUGGAAACAUACCCUCAGCUCCCGGCCGCAACCAGGGCGUCACUGACACCAAACCCACACCGGGUGAAGAGGACAUACAAUAUUCAACACUAGCCUUCAAGGCCAACCACCCUCCUCAGCCAGAGCCAGCAGCCGUCCGGCCUUUAGAAAACACCAUAAUAUACUCAGAAAUCAAGAAGAAAUGAUCAGGGAUGAAUCUCCCCUAAUGGGCUCACUGGUGCAAACAUCCCCUAUGACUAAUCUCUGCUUCAUUUGCCUGGAUUUUAUUUUGGUUGUGGUUGGGGAUUUUUUUAAAAAACUGUUGCCUCUUCUGAAGAUGAGGCUAUCGGUCCCUCCCUUACACACACACACAAACACACACACACCCCUCAAGUGGUUCUCCUUUACCAACCCGCUGAGCUGAAAACAAAAAAGCAGAAGUUUGUCUCCACGCCCUGCCACCUGGUGUAAUUGAGGGUAGGGUUUGGAAUGGAACCAAACCAUUCAAAAGCGGGCCUUCCUUCCACCCACCAUGCCGUGGCUGGCAUGCAUGACAAGAGGGAGGCCAUUUCAUCCUCGGAUCUGUGUGGAGAGAAACUAGAAACAUUUUAGAUAUCUCUUUUCCCUUUCACUCUCUCUCUCGACCCAUCCUGCUAUUGUUUCGCUUCCUGGCUGUGCCAAACCUCCCCUCUUUCUCCUGUCCCUCGGGUUGUGGUGUCGCUAGGCAGCGGUGUGGCUGCUGCUCCCUCAGGCCUACCCCAGACACCACAAACCCUCCCUGGAGGAGCUGGAUUCCAGGCACCGGCGAAGAAAGCGCUCCGGGAAAGUGUGCAUUGGGAAACAGGCUGGUGUGGCAGCUGCGUCCAGGGCCAGCCCGGACCGGACAGGAGAGGACGUUUGCUCCUGAUGCCUCCAUCUGACUCCAGAUGCUUCUGAGCUUAUUCUUUUUUAAGGAGGCAUAAAAACUUGCUUGGGGGACUCAGACCAGACCCGUGGACUAGCAGUUCACCCCUCUUACUGUCCAGAAUGAACUGGCAACAUCUCAACAAGACAGCAACACCCCCUCGCCCUGCAGUCUGGCUUUUGGGUUCAGCUGUUCUUUUGCUCAUGUGAAUUUGAAAGUGCCCUAGGUAUGGAUAUGAAACUCGGGGUGACAUGUGGGUGGGAGGGGGGAUUUGUGGUGGGAAAGCCAUAAUUAUUUCCCCUCUGCCUGGUAAGGCCACCGGUCAUUAUUCCCUCUCCUCCGCCACCCCAUUUCUCGCAAUUAACCCGCCAAAUCCAGUCUAUAAUAGAAGGAGCAAGAUGCUUUUGCAUAGCAGAUUGGUUAAGCACAGCAGGCUGCUAUAGAACAUGGGGUGAGCUGAGGCGUCUUGAAUAGAUUCCCUUCCCUAGAAAUGGAAGAGAACUGUGCCAAAUGUCUGGAGGCUUAGAGCACUGGAUAGGGGUUCCACCUGCGGAAGAGGAAGGGAUCUGAUAGUUCCCCGUGUCCCCUGGGUGACCGCAGAGCCAGUGGGCAAAGCACUGGGCUCAGUUGCAAGAACCCUGACGCUUGCUGAGCAGCCUUGAGCAAGUUAACUACCCCUCAAACUAACCUUUGCAGGAUCGUGGGGCUACAGUGAGAUAAGGCUAUAACAAUAAUAAUGCCUGGAGCCAGCAGGAGGGGGGAGGGGUAUUGGGAGAUUAAUUUAUUUUAAUUGCAGGUGUAGAAUUAGGGACAGCAGGGUCUGCAUUCCAGAUUAGCUCAACUCCCACGCUGCAAAGGAACUGGGCUGCUUUGCACAAUUCAACGAAGUGUGGUGAGGAAGAAAGGAGGAGGGUGCUUGGCAGCGAGCAGUUGUCCGUUUUGCUUCAAACAUCAGCGCCGGUUUCGCAACUAGCCAGCUUCUAGCUAAUGGGGCAGACAUGCCAAGCGCUGUUGAUGUUAGCCUGAGCAGACCUCGUAAGAUCUCUGAUAGGAACGAGAGGGGAAUCCUGUGCCUUCUGCUCCCUCGUUGUGUUGUUUGGGUGAGCGUUUUCCUCCUCCACCACCACCACCCCAUGCCGAAAGUUUGUCAUCUUUGACUGAGAGUGCCCCUUUGCUGCGAUAGCAUCUCGUACACUCUGGGCCUCGCUAAUUGUUGGGUGUGGCUGGAAGACGGCAUGUAUUCACGUUAAGCUCCAUGACGGAAGGACAAUGGAGCAGUGUUUGGAACAAGCGCCACACUCAUCAUGCCCCAGUUAACCCAUGCAUCGUUCUCCCAUCUUGAGGAGGCCUGGAACAGUCGUCUGCAAUGAAGGAACCCCACAAAAGAAAGCUUGUCUCCCUGUUGCAUCCGGUUGGCACCGGGCCUUUGGAAUGAUUACUCAGUGUCCUGCAGGACAGGAGAAGCAGAGAUGGCCGCUCAGAUCUGAGGGCGGCUGUUGAGAGUGCAAAAUUGGAGAUGGAAUGCAAAGCUGAUGAUUGUGAAAAUUUGGGCUGUUUUUCUGGAUGUAAAAUGAUGAAUAAUUUUGUUUUUAAUAAUAACGAUAAUAAUAAAUUGAGAAUGGAAAAGA